AACUCCAUAUACUAAAGUAACAAAUUCUCGGCUCCGUAUCUUUGACAAAUCCCUUUAUCUGCCAAAGCUAUAUUAUCCCUUUUCUAUAUAGUUCAGAUUUCUAAAUUCAAAAUAUUUUAAAUUUCAUUGUAAAUUUAGAUAUAAAAUUGUAUAUGAAAUUUAUGUAUUUUGAAAUAAAUUUUUAUAUUUAAAAAUUUAAUAAAAAGUUUCAUAAGUUAAAGUAAUUAAUAACUUAAAAUAUUUAAAAAAUAAAAUCAAAGAUAAAUUUAAAAUUAAUAUUUUGAAGUGUCAUAUGAAUUGAGACGGAACGGAGUAAGUAUAUUAGUUGUAGAAGCAAGGAGCAGCUAUUAUCUAUCUGUCCAUCUUUAUCUCCCAUUCCUCCCAAGGUGCAGAGACAGGUCAGAACUGAUGGACUAUGAGAACACAGCAGAAGCAUCAGAAAUGUCUCCUCACGUGCUCCUCUUCCCUCUUCCAAUACAAAGCCCUAUCAACUCCAUGCUUCAACUUGCCGAGCUCUUUUGUCUCGCCGGUUUGCAAGUUACUUUCCUAAACACCAACCAUAAUCAACAGCUUCUGUGCCGUCACACCGACGUUCAAUCAAGAUUCAGUCAAUAUCCCAAAUUUCGAUUCUUGACUAUUUCUGAUGGUCUUCCGGAGGAACAUCCACGGUCAUUUGGAGAGCUUAUUAGUUCCUUGCAAGCUGUGGCUGAGCCCUUCCUUAGAGAAGUAUUAUUACUUACAGAAGAGCCUGCUGUGACGUGUGUUAUACCAGAUGCCUUAUUUUAUUAUGCAGUGGAUAUUGGUAAUGAGAUGGGAGUUUCAGUUAUCCCCUUUGAUACUAUUAGUCCUUGUUGCCUCUGGGUUUAUCUAUCUUUCCCCAACCUCAUUCAAGCCGGAGAUAUUCCCUUCAAAGGAAAUGAGUUGGACAUGUUGAUAGAAAAUGUACCUGGCAUGAAAGGUCUACUACGGCGUCGCGAUUUUCCAUUUUAUCGUCUCACCAAUUGUGAGACCGACCUUUUUUGCCAACUCGCUCUCAAGGAAAUCCAUAGCAUACCUCGAUCUCAUGGUCUCAUAUUAAACACAUUUGAAGAUUUAGACGGCCCAUUACUCUCUCUCAUUCGCUCUCAUUGUCCUCAAACGUACGUUGUUGGGCCCCUACAGUUGCAACUCAAGACUAGGCUUGCUGAUCAUAAAAGAAUAAUGUCCUCUUCAAAUAGUUUGUGGGAAGAAGACCUCAGUUCGAUUCAAUGGCUCGAUGCACAGCCCAUAGAAUCCGUAAUCUAUGUAAGUUUUGGAAGUCUUGCAACUUUGACAAAGGGGGAAAUCUUGGAGUUCUGGCAUGGGUUAGUAAACAGUGGAAUCAGAUUUUUGUGGGUCAUGAGGUCUAACUUAUCGAGGGAAGAAGAAUUUAACCACCAAUUUGUGAAGGAGCUAGCGGACGGUUGCAAAGAAAGAGCGUAUGUUGUCACUUGGGCUCCACAAGAGAAGGUACUAGCUCACCCAGCAAUUGGUGGGUUUUUAACUCACAGUGGAUGGAACUCAACAAUGGAAAGUAUUGUUCAAGGAAAGCCCAUGAUCUGUUGGGCUGUUUAUGUGGACCAGCGAGUCACCAGUAGAUUUGUGGGUGAGGUGUGGAAAAUUGGGUUGGACAUGAAAGACAUCUGUGACAGAUACAUUGUUGAGAAGGAGGUGAAAGAUCUGAUGGUAACAAACAAAGAUAAGUUCAAGAAAUCGGUUGACAAGUUAUCCAUGUUGGCAAAAAAUAGCGUUGGACAAGGAGGUCCAUCCUACAAUGCUUUUCAAUAUCUAGUCGAUGAUAUUAAAAAGUUAGGCAGAAGAGACAAGGAUAUAUAUAUCAAUCCUAGCAGCAUAGGAUAAACAGGUUAACACUAUAGCAAUCAUUAUUUUAUAGACCAAAAAUAUUUUCUUUCGUUUCUUAUGCCAAUUGUAGAAGUUGAGCAAGUUUGAUUCUUCGCAUUCAAUUCAAAUUUAAGGCAAUUUUGGUAUUCCAUCUAUUUUUGUAUUUUUGAUAGAUGAUGUAACAAUUUUCACUGCGAAUUUUAAAUGUUGUUAUGUUUUGACCA